AGGCAUGUUGAAGCAGAUCGUCAUCGCGGGUUGUACCACCAUGGUGUCGAUCCAAAUAAUCUUCGUUCUGGACACGAUCGCGGACGGCAUCAAGGAGAGGUCUGCGGCCCAGACGCAGGCGCCUGGUAUCGAGGCCGGAGACUACGAAGGUGACGAUGUCAAGGCCUUGGCAGCCAAGAACUUGGCCAACAUCAAGCAGGUCACCGCCGAAUCGGUGGACUGGUGCCCGGACGCUGUGACAAAGAUGCUGAUGAGCCUCGUGCUCGCGGGCAUAGUCAUACCGAACUGGACCAACCACAUCCUGCCCAAGAUCAUCGAGUACAAGAGGCUGGAGGAGGCGGAGGAGCACGGCGGAGUGUCCCACCACCACGGGCCCAAGCACUCCACGGGGAGCUUUGAAGCUGGCAGUCGUGAGUCUAGUCUCGGUGACCUGUCGGAGCCGCUGUUGAAGCAGAUGCCCAGAGGUACCUCUCACAGAACGGAGGUCGCCGACGAGGCGAACCGGGAGCUGCUCGAGGCUUACAAGAGGCGCAACGAGGAGCUGGAGGCUAACCUCGUCGACGUGAUCAAGGAGAUCAAGUCCCUCCAGGCCAUCGCCAGCGAGCCCGUGCCCGCCAGCGCCCAGCACCGGUAG